AUGCCUGCCAAAUACCUUUCAAAACUGCAAGGAAAAUCCGUCCUCCUUGUAGGCGGCACCUCCGGGAUAGGAUAUGGCAUCGCCGAAGGCUGUCUGGAGUUCGGGGCCAAGGUCGUCAUCGCCUCGCGCUCCGCAGACAAAGUCGCCUCGGCCGUGGAGAGCCUCAAGGCCUCGUACCCGGAGCACGCGGCAAACAUCCGCGGGCACACGGUGAACUUGAACCCCGGCGAGACCGACGUCGAGAAGCAACUCGUCGCCCUCUUCGACUUCGCCACGGACAACGGCGCGACCAAGCUCGACCACGUCGUCGAAACCGCAGGCGAUCUCUCUCUGGCUGGGCAAAUGGGCCUCGACACCAUCACACCCGAAUUGUUGGCCAAGGCUGGCUCGGUACGUCUGGUUGGCGUCAUCAUGCUCGCCAAGGUCGCAUCCAGGUAUCUGAACAAGGCAUCCACGAGCACCUUCACCAUGACCAGCGGUGUCCUCUUAUACAGGCCACGUCCAGGACUCAGCCCAUUCAUCGGCGCCGGUGGGAACAAAGAAGCCUUUGCACGCGGAUUGGCUAUCGAUCUGGCGCCUGUUCGCGUCAAUGUCGUGGCACCCGGUGCGAUUGAGACCGAAUUGCUGUAUUCCAGCGUCCCACAGGGGAUGAAGAGGGAGGAUGUUAUGGAGCUGUACAAGAAGCACAGUUUGUUGGGCAAAGUUGGGACUGUCGAGGACGUGGCCGAGUGUUAUUUGAGCCUGAUGAAGAACGGAUUCCAGACUGGGACGGUAGUGCAGUGUGAAGGCGGGUACCUUUUGAUUUAG